UCUGGUGCUCCGUGCAGUCUAAACGCACCCGAUCUGGGCUUGACGGGUAUCUCCUUGCUGCGAAGUGGGAAGUACUCGUGUUUUGAUUUUGAGAAGAUGUGCCGGCUGUCUGUAGGUAUCUUCUUGUUCAUCUUCAGCUCUUAUGAAGCUGUUCUCCCCCCUCCCUGCGACAGUAAGAUCUACUGCACUGGAGAGCUCUUAAGACAAGUGCAGACAGCAAAACUGUUUGAUGACAACAAGGCCUUUGUGGAUAUGAAGCUGACUGCAGCCCCUGAGGUUGUUUUAGAUGCCUUCUCCAAUCUAACAUGGAGGUUUCCGAAUGGGACCGUUCCUGCUUCUGAUCUGAGGCUGUUUGUGAACACGUAUUUUGUUGGUGAUGGGAAAGAAUUUGAGCCGUGGGCUCCACCUGACUGGCAUGAAAAGCCUAAAUUCCUGUCCAAGGUUUCUGACUUGAACUUUCGCAACUGGGCUGAGGAGUUGCAUGGCUUGUGGAAGUUACUUGGCCGAAAGAUCAGUACGGAUGUUGAAGACAACCCCCAGCUUCACUCUAUGAUAUAUGUCCCAAAUCCAGUCAUUGUGCCUGGUGGACGCUUCACAGAGUUUUACUACUGGGACUCAUACUGGGUGUUAAACGGUCUCCUCCUGUCUGAAAUGACAGAUACAGCCCGAGGAAUUAUCCAGAACUUCUUGUACAUGGUGGACAGAUAUGGUUUUGUACCAAAUGGAGGUAGAGUUUACUAUGAGCGACGCAGCCAGCCACCCUUCCUCUGUCUAAUGGUGGAGAGUUUUUAUGAGGCCACCAAAGACCUAGAAUUUAUCAGGCAAGCCUUACCAACGUUAGAAAAGGAGUACAGUUUUUGGAUGGAGAAUCGUUCUGUUGCUGUGGAAAUGGACGGAGCAAAGCAUGUCUUGAAUCGGUAUGAUGUACAGGUAGGCCAACCGAGGCCAGAGUCUUAUACACAUGAUGCAGAGCUAGCAGAGGGCUUACCUGCAGAUGUUUAUAAAGAAUCCUUACUAUCUGGAUCUCUCCCUCCUACUUUUAUGGAAGCAUCCAUAUCUCUCCUUCUGAAGAAAGAGGCUCAGGAGAAGCUGUGGACAGAGCUAAAAGCAGCAGCUGAGUCUGGUUGGGACUUCUCCUCACGUUGGUACAUAAACAGCUCAGGUCAAAACACCGGCUCAUUCAGGAACACCAGCACCAGCUCUAUCCUACCUGUCGAGCUCAAUGCUCUCAUGUGCCGCAGUGAGCACCUCCUGGCCACCUUCUCAAGGAUUCUGGGUGAUGAGGAGAGGGCAUUGGUGUAUGACCGUGCAGCUUCGGCCAGGCUGAAGGCCAUAGAGAGUGUGUUAUGGGAUGCAGAGAAGGGAGCUUGGUUUGAUUACAAUUUGCUGAGUGGGGCCAGGCACCCAGCCUUCUACCCCACUAACGUGAGUCCUCUCUGGGCAAAGUGCCAUUCUCAGCCUGGCAUGGGACAGCUGGCCCUGCAAUAUCUAAAAGCUAGCGGAGGUCUGGACUACCCUAAUGGCAUUCCCACCUCUUUGAGUGAGACUGGUCAGCAGUGGGACAUGCCUAAUGCUUGGCCCCCACUACAGCACAUACUCAUAGAAGGCCUGUCACAGCUUGACUUGGCAGAUGCCAAAGAGCUGGCCUUUGAUUUAGCCCAGCGGUGGAUUAGAACAAACUGGAUGGCUUAUAACAAAUAUGAAGCCAUGUUUGAGAAGUAUGAUGUCAAUGGAGAUGGCAAACCUGGAGGAGGAGGCGAAUAUGAAGUUCAGGUGGGGUUUGGCUGGACCAACGGUGUCGCUCUGCAGCUGCUGGACCAAUAUGGUGACAGGCUCAGCUCUGGGGGUAGUGUCCUAACUUCUGGCCUUCUGGUUUAUGGAUUUAUGUACCCCAUUCUUAAAGCACUGUUGUGAUCAUGUAAUGGCUUCUGUGUUCUUUGAGGCAAUCAAAUACAUUAAGUCCACAAAACUAAUUCUGAGUUCUAAUGUGAAAUUUCUAAUUUAAAUUUCAACAAAUUUAAUUUGUUAUAUUUUGCUAACAUUGUAGUGUCUGGUGUUGAGUAGUCAACUUGUUAAUGUAAAGGGGAAUUUCACCUUUUUCUGAAAUUUCUGCGUAAAUAAGUAAAAGAAAUGUAAAAUGUAAAAAAACAACAGUGCAAAAAUGAAUAAAAUGAAUGUUCAGUGCAGUCUAUUGCACAAACUGUUCGUAGCUCCUAGCUUGAGAAGUGCAGCGUUUAAAAGACAAGCCAAAUCAGAAAAUGACGAAGAGAUAGAAGUGUUAAAAAAUGAGUUCUUACCCACCAAAACAUUUGACAGGUGACACUCUGGCUAAGAAAGUACAGUUUAUGAACCCAUAACAUGGGCCCUGGGUUAAUUUUGGCUGAAUCACAGCAUGUUUUACACCGUGUGUUCUCACUUAUGCAUAUCUGGUCUCGAAAGUUAAAAUAGUGUUAUUGUGAUGGUAAACAUCCUUACAGCAAGUGUUUGAAUCUUGCUCCUCCUUUUAGCUUUCAUUGUUAGUAGAAGUCUUUCAACAGUAUAUCUUUUUAGACCUUAACACAAAUUUACACCUGGUUUUAAAAGGCAGAGGAAAACUAUGGGAAAACCAGUGGAUGUGAAUUGUUCAAACUUAUAUAUCCACAUAUCUCCAAUCACUUUUUGUUAUUUGUGUUUGUGUUGUAAAUUUCUCUUGGUACUGAGGUGCUGACAUGUGACAGUACCUCGGGGGUGGGUUGGGUGGUAUAUCCAGAGGGGUAAUGCCCUAGUGAGAGUUUUGUGCCUUUUCUUCAAAGUGUACAGUUAAUCACUUUGAAACCACUUUAUAUGUCCUUGCAAUGCUUGAAUCAUUGAAUUUCCCUUCAUAUUCAACUUAAUAAUUGUUAACAUCACCAACUCUAAAUUGAACACCCAAUCUUAUGUUAACCUUCACAUCAAUCCAAAUGUUAUCACUAAUCAGUUAAGGAACCAAAUGUAGUGGGACGGUUUAUUUUGUACAUUUUCCUUAUUUUCUGCCCUGGUUUUCUUACUUUUAAAAAGAAAAUAUUCCAAAUGCCACAGAAGAGGUGCUUUUCUCUGACACUUGUUUUAGAAAAUUCACACUUACAUUUUUCAUAAUCACAUUGAAGAUUGUAGCUAUUUUCUUGGUUAGUAAUUACACUAACUCUACUAUGGUAGGAUCAGAAGAUUAUUUUCAUAACUAACACUGAACUGGCACUACAAAUGCACUACAAAUGCUAAUUCACAUAGUCCAAUUAUCCAAUUGUCAACUUUGCUCUGUGAGUCAACACUUUCAAAUAAAUCAAGCAGGACGAGUAUGCACCAUCAAAGUGUGUGUAAAACUGUGUGCCGUUCCGUUUAAACAUUCUGUCAAAAUGGGACGCUUGCUUGCAUAUACAUACUCAUACAUGUAGUCCCAGGUCUAUAUAAAUCAUAUUUCAAAGUAAGGUUGGAUAUGUUGUUUGUUUGUUUUUUGUUUUUUUACAACAGAGGAAAAAACUGAAAUGAAACUGUUCAGUGCUCACAGCAACUUCACAAGGGGUUGCUGUAUUAUUUAAGAGGAUAGCUAGAACAAAGAAGAGUGUAGGGGGUGAGAAGUUCAGAAGCCAGGUUGGUGUGCUGGUACUGCACAGAGUAAAGAUGAGUGUGUGAUAGUUGUUACAGCUUGUGUUUUAUUUCUAGUUCGCUUGCAAUGCUACAGAAGUGAUCAUAGUUCUUCAUGGAUUCCUCCUUGAAGCAGCACAAAGCAUGACGUGACUGUUUAGUACCUUUUAUUAUUUAUUGAUUUAUUUGUUGUUUAUUUGUGGUUGUUAUAGGCCUGUACAUGAUUAAUACAGUACAGUAUUAACAGUAACAGAUGGUGGAUAUAGUGGCGUGAGAUACUGAAAGCUCAUGAUGGAUGAGGUGGUGUAAGCUUUCUCCUUAUGCACCACAUGAUGAAAUUCAUAGUAGGUAUCCAAAGGUCUGUCAUAUUGCUUAAUGUAAUGAAUUUGUUAUUGUGAUGGUGAAGAAACAGAAACAGUACAACCUUUUGUAGUGAAAUCUAGGCCCAUAAUCUGUAUUAAUCUCUGUUAUUGCUAUAUUUUGAUUUGCAGCAGUAUUUUCAUACUAACCGUAUGGAAGAGGUACAGGCCUGAAAGGGUGAACUUUAAUAGGCCAGAUAAGCAUCAAUUGGAUUAAUAUUUGGGCACUACUGACCAUGGUUGUUGUUAGGUCUUUAGUCCCUGAAGAUGUCCUUUAGCUCUUUAAUAAAUAUGCAUUUUUAAAAAAUCA